CCUGGUUCCGCCUUCUAUGGAGAUACACACGCGAUGUUCUCUAAGAUAAAGACGAAGCUACACUCACACGCAGAGCUGCCCUUGUGCCAGGACAUCACCCCUGGGGAAAGCAAGCCACCGUCAAAGAUACAGAUCCUACGGAACCGGAAGCAGUUUGGUGUGAACCUGGGUGGUCUGUAUGUCCAGGAGAAGUACAUUGACGACACGUUUAUCAGAGAAGGGUUUGAGACCGAGCUUGAUGGUGUGACGAACUACAUCAGCGUGAACGGCGUUGAGAAGACGAGACAGGACCUGCAGCGCCAUUGGAGAAGCUACAUCGAUUCGAUCGACUGGGAGUGGCUGAGAGAUCAAGGCACAACUUGUUUGCGAGUGCCAAUGGGGUACUGGCACGUUGGCCCUGGCUUCACAAGGGGUACGCCAUUUGAAAGUGUUUCUCAAGUUUAUGGGGAUGCUGCGUGGGAAAGCUUCAAGCAGCUGUGCAAGACUGCUGAUGCUAACGACAUUGCCAUCUUGUUCGACCUGCACGGGCUACCAGGGGGUGCCAAUAAGAAUGAGCACAGUGGCAUGAAGUUAUCGGACGCUGGGUUCUGGAAGUCCAAGAAGUAUCAGUCGCUGGUGAUUGAAUUAUACGAAUUUGUCACCAAGGAGUUCCUGGCUAACGGCUUGACCAACAUCUUUGGCCUACAGCUUUCCAAUGAGAAUGACUACUGUGACCUGGAUGCCCAGAAAGAGUUCGUUGGCAAGGCAAUCAAUGCGAUUAGAGCCUUGGACCCAACAAUGCCGAUAAUCAUCUCAGACUCCUGGGAUCUGAACCUUUGGAACGAGUGGCUUGAUAAGCACUCAGUGGAUGACAGCACAACAUCAGGCAUCGUUAUAGACACACACGUUUAUAGGUGCUUUGAUCAGAGGGACCGUGACAAGGCCGUGGACAAGAUCAUUGGAGACUUAUCUCAGGAGCUGAACCACUGGGGAGACAAGGACAACGACAUCAUAGUCGGCGAGUACUCGUGCGUGCUGGACACGCAGUCGUGGGAUAAAUCCCAGGGCGCGUCCCGGGAUGAGCUGGUCAAACAGUACGGCCAGACAGAGUCACAGCUGUUUAAGAAGUUGACCAUGGGCGCGUUCUUCUGGACGUACAAGUUCAAAUUCGGCGAUGGGGGAGAAUGGGGGUUUGUGCCAAUGUGUGAGCGUGAGUGUCUAACCAAUGGCCAGUGUAAGGCGCUAAGCGAUGGUGACUUGUACGCAACAUUGGAACAGAAGUUCUCGGAACACUGCAGCUACUGGGACUCUCAAAAUGGCAAUGCCAAAUAUGAGCACUGGAGGUAUAAAGAAGGAUUCAUCACCGGGUGUAAUGAUUCUCUGGCCUUUGCACAGCUCGCCUCGUCGUCUGUUGGAAGCAAGAGGUGGAUCAACAGCCGUAAGAGAGAACAUGUGCUCAAGUUCAAGAGCUCGAGUCAAGAGUUUGUGUGGGAGUGGGAACACGGCUACGCAACAGCUUUGUCACUGUUCCAGUAG